GAUUUUGGCUUACUUUCUGCAAAUUCACAGAGAGCUUGUCGAGAAAGAGUAGACCCUUAACCCUUUAGACCUUUUCUUUUCUUUUCUUUCUUUUUUUUUAAUUAAUAAUUUUUUUGCUCUUAUUACAAACCCUCCUUUAUUGAUGGUGCUGUGUUUCUCCUUUUUCUUCUGCAACAACCACAACUAAAACCCUUUCUUUUCUUUUCUUUUCUUUUCCAUCUCAUUCUUUUGUUUGUUCAAGAAAGAAAAUAAAAAAAGGAGAAAAAAUCUGGAAGAAAAAAGAGUCAUGUCAGGUUUGUAUGAUCCCAACUUCUCACCUGCAAGAGCUGCUUCUCCUCAGAUUAGAAGCACUCCAGAUGUUGACAGUCAGUACUUGUCAGAGUUGUUAGCUGAGCAUCAAAAGCUUGGACCUUUCAUGCAGGUUCUGCCCAUAUGUAGCCGACUGCUAAAUCAAGAAAUUUUUCGGGUUUCAGGAAUGAUGUCCAACCAAGGAUUUGGCGAUUUUGACAGACUGCGGCAUAGAAGCCCCAGUCCCAUGGCUUCAUCAAACCUCAUGUCUAAUGUUGGCGGAACAGGUUUAGGUAGCUGGAAUGGUCUUCCUCAGGAGAGAUUAAGUGGGCCCCCUGGAAUGACAAUGGACUGGCAAGGUGCACCGGCGAGCCCUAGUUCAUACACUGUGAAGAGAAUUUUGCGUUUGGAAAUUCCAGUAGAUACUUAUCCAAAUUUUAAUUUUGUUGGGCGACUUUUGGGCCCCAGAGGCAAUUCAUUGAAACGGGUGGAAGCUACCACAGGCUGCCGUGUAUACAUUAGAGGGAAAGGAUCAAUAAAGGACCCAGACAAGGAAGAGAAGCUUAGGGGAAGACCAGGUUAUGAGCACCUGAAUGACCCACUUCACAUCCUAAUUGAAGCUGAUUUACCCGCUAAUAUUGUUGAUAUGAGGCUGAGACAGGCACAGGAAAUUAUAGAAGAACUGCUUAAACCUGUGGAUGAGUCGCAAGAUUUUAUCAAGAGACAACAGUUGCGGGAACUAGCCAUGCUUAAUUCAAAUUUCAGAGAAGAAAGUCCUGGGCCGAGUGGUAGUGUCUCUCCUUUCAAUACAAGUGGGAUGAAACGAGCAAAAACAGGCCGUUAAAUUAUCAUGUUUAAUCCCAUAUGUAAUGGUUUUCAUCCUGCAAAUGAAUUUCAUCGCUGAGUCUAGCUUCCAAUACAUCUCAAUUCAGCACAGCUAUAAAAGAAUAGGCUAACAGUUACUGUUGGUGAGCUUUCUUGUUGGGGGUUUCUUUUAUUUUUGUUAUUUUUCUCCCAAGAUAAAAGACGAAUGGAAAGCAUUCAAAAAAAAGGAAAAAAAAAAAAAAAAAGACUUA